GCUAUUUGGAAAACAAAGGCAACUCGCAAACAAUUCUGAUAUGGUAGACAGAACAGUUAGAUAUACAUUGAAUAGUUGAGCCCAAAAAGUUAACUCGCGGGUGGGCAUGGAUCCUUCAGAGUUUGGAGGUGACGAGAGGUCACCAACUUUACCCGACUGUCUUGCUGUGCUACCUGCUGAAAGCUCUCUCAGCCUCUCGAGUUGUGUUGGCCAGGCUCCGGUGAAACGACAGGCGGUCAAGAGACAUCAUCACAAACACAAUCUAAAACAUCGAUACGAAUUUCUUGAGACGCUUGGAAAAGGAACAUAUGGAAAAGUCAAAAAAGCAGUGGAAAGAUCUGGCAGAAUGGUGGCUAUUAAGUCAAUCAGAAAAGAGAAGAUUAAAGAUGAACAGGAUCUCAUUCACAUACGAAGAGAGAUUGAGAUCAUGUCCUCACUGAACCAUCCUCAUAUCAUCACCAUAUAUGAAGUGUUUGAGAGCAAAGACAAAAUUGUGAUCGUGAUGGAGUAUGCAAGUCAGGGCGACCUGUACGACUACAUCUGUGACCGGCAGAAGAUCACAGAGCGAGAAGCGAGACACUUCUUCAGGCAGAUUGUGUCAGCCGUGCAUUACUGCCACAAGAAUGGGAUAGUGCACAGAGAUCUUAAGUUGGAGAACAUUCUGCUUGAUGGCAACGGCAACGUGAAGAUUGCUGAUUUUGGACUCUCCAACCUGUACCAUGGUGACGAGUACCUGCAAACAUUCUGCGGUAGUCCCCUGUAUGCCUCUCCGGAGAUAGUGAAUGGCAGGCCGUACAAAGGUCCCGAAGUGGACAGUUGGUCUCUUGGAGUUCUGCUGUACAUCCUGGUUCAUGGAGCUAUGCCUUUUGAUGGACAGAACCACAAGAACCUGGUCAGGCAGAUCAGCACAGGGGAAUACCGGAAACCCUCCAAACCAUCUGAUGCCUGUGGUUUGAUUCGCUGGAUGCUAAUGGUGAACCCUGAACGGAGAGCAACACUGGAAGAGAUAGCUGGACACUGGUGGCUGAACUGGGGCUAUCAAUGGCCCUUGCUGGCUGAAGGGGACAUGACUACCACAAACCAGAAUACAACAACAGCAACAGCAGCAGGACCUGCCCGCAUUGGUGACUGGCUUCGCAGGACUUCCCGUCCACUACUGGAGAGUGGCUCCAAGAUGCGCUGCCUACUGCGGUCUGGCGGCGGGGCUGGAGGGGACGUGGUCCGUCAGCGUUCUGUAAGGAGAUCUCGGAAGGAGAACAACGUCUCCCAGACCAUGCAGGAAGGGUCCACUGCUCGCCCUUAUAAGGGUAUUUUGAAAAAGAGGGGUAGCCUUAAGCAGAAGACUUCAAAUGAAGCUCAGAGUACAGCCAUGGAGGAAAAAUCGCCGAACACCUUUGUCUUCUCCUCUACUCCAUCCCAGCCUCCCCCGCCACCACCGCCAAGAAAAGGGAUCCUUAAGAAACCAGCGGAGAGGGAGUCAGGAUACUACUCUUCCUCCCCUGAGAGCAGUGACUGUGCCCAGACACCUCAGGCUUCACUGUGCCCCUCUGCUCCUCCACACCGAAAGGGCAUCCUAAAACGCCACGGCAAGUUCUCCUCUGGUGGCCUUAAAGAAUUUGGUUCAUUGGACCAGUUAGCUGCCUGCCUGCCACACGGGACCACCAAGGUACGGCCGGGCGGGGCGAUCAGUGAGGACAGUAUCCUUUCCUCUGAAUCUUUUGACAGACUGGACUUGCCUGACCGCGAUAGAGCUGCAUCAUCUGUGGAGAGGCCAGAGAACAUUAGCUCCAUGAGAGGUUGUGUCUCAGCAGAUAACUUGUUGGAUCUCAGGGAGGAUGGACCAGGGCAUCUGCAGGGAACAAGAAGACGAAAAGGCCUCUGGGAUAUGAACUGUUAUCAGGCUAAUAUGGUGGAUAGUGCUUUCUCCAUCACUGACUGUGUAAAUGUGACUGAGACUUAUAAACAGGCUCUCAGAGGAACUGCUACAAGCUGAGAUACCACGUGUUUAUUUUUGCAAGAUUAAAAACGGUACCUUCUAAUAAUCUUACGAUCUCGUAAUGGCAAUAUAAGCAACUUGAGAUGGCUAUGUGUGACAUGGAUGUAGUGUAUGCAAGGUUAGUAAAUUACAGGUGAACCAUGAAGAAUGAUGUUAUCUCUAGUACAUUCCUGCUUACCAAAGGAAUAGAGAGAGAGGUAGGAACCAAAAAGGUGAAAUUUGUUGCUUUUAAGGGAAAUGUAGACACAUGGGAGAGACAAUAGAAUAUGUGAAAAAAGGAUCUUUUAAAAGGCCUACAGUAUAGUUACUUCCAUUUUUUAAUAUCAUAUGAUCAUCAAAAAUCACAUCUAGAAGACUUGAAAUAAUAACCUAAAGACUUAUUUUGCAAUGUGAUGUUUGGCAGUUUUUUUUAGAGAGAUGACCAUACGAAUUCAUAUGUACUUGCAAGAGAUGAAACUCCAAAUUACUCAAUAAUUUUGGUGUAAUAAUUUUUCAGCCUGUUGAUGUUUCCCCUGAAUGUUUAAUGUCGACACUUUAUGCUAAUUUUGUUUUUGAGGAAGGUGGGCUCACAAAAAAAAAACAAAAAAAACCUAACCGACCAAAGAUUAGUGAGAACAAAUUGUUGAUUGACAUCAAUAUAGUUUUUCAGUUGCUGCUUGAAAGUAGUAGAUAUCUGAUAACAAAGUCAAAGGUCUGACAGUGCAAAGCACAGUGAGCGAUAAGGGGUCGUUUCUGUAGAAGGACACUUUAAGCUUUAGACUUUCGAGUGAGAAACCCUGUUAAUGUUUCACUUUUACAACAAACUAUAAACAGUCUAGACUCACCUGAUGCACUGAAUAUGACUGUGCACCAUUUGUUUAGUGUAAUAUCAUGAUGAAGACUUAUGAUAUUUUAGUUUCCCGACAUGUGUUUCAUAACAAGUCAACAGAGCCAGAUGGCAGGUACAGUAAGGGUAAUAUUUUAUAAUGUCUCUGAAGGCAGGAGAGUUCAUCAUUGUGGUGAUGUCUACUGCAAGUUUUCAAGGCUAAACUGUUCAAAACUGGUUCUUUGCCAGUUUCAGGCAAAAGUUGGACACAAACAUUGAAUUUUGAACUUGAACGUUUUGACCUAUUCCUCCUUUGAUGAUAUUUUCUCUUCAUUUUUUU